GAGAAGUAUGAAGUUUAACACAGUCUUCUGUGUGGCUGGAGCCAUACUGCUCAACAUAGCAGGCUGUCUGGGUCAAUUAGAUGUAUGUGGCGAAGCCGCCCUCAACACCAGGAUUAUUGGAGGGCAGAAUGCGACAGCAGGGUCUUGGCCGUGGCAAGCCAGCAUUCAGAAUGCGUCCUCUGGACGCUAUUUGUGCAGUGGGACUCUAAUCAGUAAAGAAUGGGUUUUGUCUCUAGCUGACUGCUUCAUAGACAUCCCUGCGUCUAACCUUCUGGUGUACUUGGGACGUCUGACCCAAAAUGGUUCAAACCCACAUGAGACAUCCAGGACAGUGAUCAAAGUCAUCAAACAUCCUAAAUAUAACAGUCUUGACCAAAAACUAGCACUGCUCCAGCUCUCUUCACCUGUGACAUUCACUGAUUACAUUAAGCCAGUGUGUCUGGCUGCUGCUGGUAGUGUAUUUGUUGAUGGUACAGAGAGUUGGGUCACUGGAUGGGGCACGAUUAGUAAUAAAGUACUCAAGUUUCCUGACAUACUGCAGGAGCUGGAGACCCCUAUUGUGAACAACUUUGAAUGUGAUGCUGCCUAUGGAGGCAUCAUUACAAACAACUUGAUAUGUGCUGGAUUUUUAAAUGAGGGAGGGAAAAGCCCCAUGUGUGGGAGAUGGUGGAAGUCCACUGGUCAGUAGGCAGGGCUCCAAGUGGAUUCAGUCCGGAGUUGCAGUCUAUUCGGGAUGUGGUCUACCCGAAUAUCCUGCUGUAUACAUCAGAGUGUCUGAAUAUCAGGACUGGAUCAGCUAUUACACAAACAGCAGCAUGCCUGGAUUUGUCCCAUUCCCCCUUAUUCUUUAUAUCGGAGAUGGAGCCUCAAUCAUCCUCUUCUCAUUUUCCCUUGCUCUCGCAUUCUCCAUCAUUCCUCUCAUCUUCUUUCAUGUUUUUUAAAGAUUGUGUGAGUCAUGAUCACUUUAUUGAUAUGGUUCUGUAAUGAUACAAAUGAUACACAUACAUAGGUGAAAUAGGUGUUUCUUUUUGUAAUAUCUUCUUUGAUAGAAACUUUCGUAUUGAUUAGAUUCUGGGAUAAUAAUUAUGUUUAUAAUAAAACACAUAAAACUUUGAUAUAGUUCAGCAUUCUCUUAAAAAAGAACAUUUACUGACAGGAUUCAUUACAAAUGCACUGCAUUAAAUUUUAUUCAAAUAAAUAGCACCUGUUACAAUGUGAUCAUAUAUAUUUUCCUGUAUUUUCCUUGAACUAAUCAUUUACUAUGUUAAAUAAACAAAAUACAAAUG